AUGGGAUUUAUCCAGCGAGCACUUUUCACAUGGUUCGUGACGUUAGCAUUCCUUAUUCUUCUGUGUUUACGACUUGAAUCGAGAAUACAGUGGUCAUUUUUCAUCAUUUUUAUUCCGAUUUGGAUUUACGAUGUAAUUUUAAUUAUUUGGUUGAUUCUGGAACUCAUCAAAAGACAUCAACAUCAUCGAGUGAUUGAUUCAUUUAAAAAAUAUCAAUUUUACAUUUAUGGAGUGCUUUUAAAGAUCUGUUCACAAAUAUCGAUUUGUUUAAAGUUAGACUACAAUCUUUUCAAGCUGUAUAUCAUGAUGAUUCCAAUAUGGCUGCUGCUCAUCCAAUUAAUCAUUUAUGUUAGUUUAAACCUUUUACCAAAACAUCCGCCGUCUUCAAGAUCUCAUCAAAACAGAGCUAUGAUUCCAACAGCAUCCACUUCAAUAGCAUCCUGA